CUUUUUCCCGCCGCGCGGUUGUCUCGUUCAGUGAAGCCUCGCUUCACACAACCACCGUAGUACUCUUCCUCUUCUCUCCUCUCCUCUCUUCUCUCAAAUUGUCUUGAAGCCCUUAAUCUCCAUCGAUGAAUCUACGGUCUCGUAGCACAGCUUCAAAGCAGGAUACCGGACGAAAGAGUUGCCCGUCCGAAGAUUUCUCUGGCGAAGAGGAUUUUGUCCUGCUUUCAGAUUCAGAUGGGAACGUUAGCGAUGAAGAUGGAAAUUCUUCGUGGGAACCGACAGUGGACGUGCUUGAAAUUAGUGACGGGGAUGAUCCUGACUAUGCAAGUCAUCUAAUGGGAAUAAAUAUCUCCAUAUCUAAUAAGAUGAGUGGGAGACCCCGAAAGAGGAAAGAUGGACUGGGAAAGGAACAGGAGGGUGAAGAAAGCAAUGAAGUUGAACAUGUUCUCCCCAUUGAAGAAGAUAGAAUUGCUCGUUUCCGUCGACCAAAGAAGAAGAAAGGGAGGAAUGGAAAAGGAAAAGAUGGGCCAAUAUUAAUGUGGGAGGUUUUGGAGGAAGAGAAUGAGAGUUGGAUUGAUGCCAAUGAAACAAAAGAUGCUGAUAUGGAUCAUCUUGAUGAAGAAGUGGCCGAGAUUGCCGAGCCACCUGAAGACUUGCUGAUGCCUCUACUUAGAUACCAGAAAGAAUGGCUGGCUUGGGCUUUGAAACAAGAGGAAUCUGCAACAAGAGGAGGAAUCCUUGCAGACGAGAUGGGAAUGGGCAAGACAAUACAGGCUAUUGCACUGGUUCUUGCCAAACGGGCGAUCCAACAAUCAACUUGGAGGCAUAGUGAUCCCUCUCCUUCACCAAGUACAUCCACAGCAUUGCCUGAAACCAAAGGCACUCUUGUUAUUUGUCCUGUGGUUGCUGUGAGGCAGUGGGUGAAUGAGAUUGAGCGGUUCACACCUACAGGGAGCACCAAGAUAUUGGUAUAUCAUGGGGCCAAUAGAAAGAAGAGCUUAGAUGAAUUCUCUGAAUACGAUUUUGUCCUGACCACAUAUGCCACCAUUGAGGCAGAGUACAGGAAGAAUGUGAUGCCACCCAAGGAGAAGUGUGUGUUCUGUGGGAAGUUGUUUCAUUCCAAGAAGAUGAAUAUGCACCUAAAGUAUUUUUGUGGGCCUGAUGCCGUUAGAACAGCUAAGCAGUCUAAGCAAGUGAAGAAGAGAAGGAAUAGCGGAUAUAAGCCCUUCAAGGAGAAAAAGAAAUCCUCUGGUCUUGAAAGUGUGACUGGUCAAGAUUGGGAAAGUAUAAAGGAACCAAUAGAGAGCCCUACCUCAAGGAACUCAGUAUUGCAUUCUGUGAAGUGGGACCGCAUUAUUUUGGAUGAAGCUCAUUAUAUCAAAGAUAGACGCAGCAGUACUGCAAAGGCUGUUCUUGCUUUAGAGUCUUCAUAUAAAUGGGCUUUAAGUGGCACUCCACUUCAGAAUCGAGUUGGAGAACUUUAUUCACUGGUCCGUUUUUUGCAAAUAACACCUUACUCAUAUUACUUCUGUAGAGAUUGUGAUUGCAAAUCACUUGAUUACAGUUCCACAUCAGAGUGUCAAAACUGUGUUCAUAAAUCUGUGAGGCAUUUUUGCUGGUGGAACAGAUAUAUUUCUAAACCAAUACAAGCAUCGGGAGAACUUGAUGAAGGCAGAAGCCGAACCAGAGCCAUGAUUUUACUAAAGCAUAAACUUUUGAAAAGCAUAGUACUAAGACGCACAAAGAAAGGCCGGGCUGCAGAUCUUGCCCUUCCUCCAACAAUUGUUCACUUGAGGCGGGAUUCUUUUGAUAUUAAAGAAGAAGAUUGUUACAACUCACUGUACAAUGAAAGUCAGUCGCAGUUUGAUACAUAUAUUACAGCUGGAACUUUGUUGAAUAAUUACGCACACAUAUUUGACCUCCUUACAAGAUUACGGCAGGCAGUUGAUCAUCCAUACCUUGUGGUCUAUUCCCAAAGUGCAAUGCUAAAGAAUGAAAGCAGUAGUGAUCCUGAUAAUGGUGAAAAAAUCUGUGGCAUUUGCCAUGAGACAGCAGAAGAUUCAGUGGUCACCUCUUGUCAGCAUGUCUUCUGUAAGGCUUGUUUGAUAGAUUACUCUUCAUCGCUGGGAGAAGCUUCAUGCCCCUCAUGUUCAGAACCACUUACUGUUGACUUCACAUCAAAGUUGAAUCGAGGGGAUCAGAAUACUAAAACAACAGUGAUGGGAUUUAAACGAUCAAGUAUUCUGAACAGGAUCUGUCUUGAAGAUUUUCAGACUAGCACAAAAAUCGAAGCUUUGAGGGAAGAAAUCAGAUGCAUGCUUGAAAGAGAUGGUUCUGCAAAAGGGAUUGUUUUCAGCCAGUUCACAUCAUUUUUGGAUUUGAUAAACUACUCUCUCCAGAAGUCUGAAAUAAAUUGUGUUCAAUUAGUGGGAAGCAUGACAAUGGAAGCAAGAGAUUCCGCGAUAAGGAGAUUUAUCGAUGAUCCAGAAUGCAGGAUUUUUCUUAUGAGCUUAAAAGCUGGGGGUGUAGCCCUCAAUCUGACAGUAGCAUCUUAUGUUUUCUUAAUGGAUCCCUGGUGGAAUCCAGCUGUUGAGCGGCAGGCCCAAGAUCGAAUCCACCGAAUUGGACAGUAUAAACCAAUCAGAGUCGUACGUUUCAUUAUAGAAGACACCAUUGAAGAGAGGAUUCUGAAGCUGCAAGAAAAGAAGGAAUUAGUGUUUGAAGGGACUAUAGGUGGUUCUUCUGAGGCUAUUGGAAAACUAACGGAGGCUGACUUGAGAUUUUUGUUCAAUAAAUAAGAUGUUCCAUAUCUUCUGAUGAGAAGGCCUGGACUAAUUAGAAAUAGAGGAGAAAUUACCAUUUUGAUCAAAAGUUCUAUGGUAAUACUCUAAUAUUAGAGUAUAUUUUUUGAGUUAAUGGGUGGCAAUAUUCUGGUAUGUAAUUCGAAUGAUACUGCAUAAGUGGGGCUUAUUUUUGGUGGUACAGAUUUUGUAUGUAUGCUUUAGGUCCUACUUGUAAGAUGAGUACUUGUAAAUGCUAAUAACCUCCUUUAUCCUUUCUAUUA